AGUAAUUGUUAUUCUGGUAUUUCUGCAAAUUAAUAGAAUACUCUGACAGUCUUUGUUUGUGUUGUUCAUUUUCACAGUGUAAAUAAUAAUCGAGACCUGUAUAUGUUUAUUUGGAUAAAUAUUUUCAAUCUGAUGCAACCAUGCUCUUCAGUACCUUGUUGGUAAUCGUCCUCUCCGUGUCAGGAGAAUACUACUGUGAGGCAGAGAAUGCGAUUGGGACAAAAAGAUCUCCUCCUAAACACCUUGAUGUGCAGUAUGCUCCCAAGAACACCUCAGUAUCAGUGAGGCCCUCUGGUGAAAUAGUGGAGGGCAGUUCAGUGACUCUGACCUGCAGCAGCGAUGCCAACCCACCAGUGCAGAACUACACCUGGUAUAAGAAGAAUGACACUGGAGACUGGCAGGCAGGAUUUGGACAGAGUUUGAACUUUUCUAACUUUAGAUCCUGGAACAGAGGACAGUACUACUGUGAGGCACAGAACAGACUUGGAGCUCAGAAUGCUUCUGCUCUACUGGUCACAGUGCAAGGAGGUCAGUCACUGAUCGCGGCUGCAGCAGUGGGAGUGGCUGCCAUUUUGGCUCUUGUGAUUCUGGGUGUUGUGUGCGUGAGGAGGAGAAAAUCAACAAAAGAGACAGAAGGGGACAGGCAGGGGAAUAAAAGCCCCAUUUUUGGCAACGUCUCAGGGAUGGCAAUGAGUCACACUGGAACACAGGGUACGGACACAGACGACAGUGAAGUUCCCCUCUACUCCUCUGUUCAGCCCGCUAACACCCGCAACCAGGAAGAGCUUCUACCCUCCACUGUUCAAAAGCCACUCCCCCAGUGUGAGGAGGGUGUUCAGUACGCCAGCAUCCAGUUCCGCCCCUCCAGUGCUGCCCCCAGGUCACCUGCACCAUCCGUAAAGGAAGACUGUGUUCUCUACAGCACACUUCGAAAACUGGACAAGUGAAAAUAAACCAGGAAGAUAUCUUGCUUCAUAAACUGUGGACCAAUGCUGGUUAUUCAGUGUAAGUUUGGACAUUUCUUUUGAAUGUGUGAGUUUUUUCUUGAACUUUAAACAGCAGAUUGUCUGCAAAGUAAGGCGGUACGAACCAAACAUUUCCUUGACUGGAUGAUACAUUUUAGAGUAUUUAUUAAAACCAGUGAACAUAAACUCUCCUCAUGAACUCAGGUCACAUGACUGUGCCUUUGUCACAUGACCAGGAUGACUGUGGUUAUUGGGUCUGCAAAGAUGUGCUCAGAAUGGAUCAUUCCUUUGGCAUUCUAUCAACAUUUACAUGCAUAUCAUCUCAUGUCUUCAUAUUGUACACAAAGUAUUAUCAUGAUGUUGGUGACUGAAAGCCAUUAUCAUUGCUGAAUGUAUUCGUUGGCCAAAUGUACUGGAGAAAUGGGCUUUAUAUGUAAUUCAAAGAUUAUUAUUAUUAUUUUUAUUAAUACUUGUAUAACAUUUACUAUUACAGACAUUCUUGUGCACA